AUGACCCCCUUUUCUGUGAAGGACGCCCUGGGGUAUCUGGAUGUGAAGGAGCUGGCAAAGGUGCUAGAAGAGACUCGAGGGACCCUCGUGCAGAUGGAGCAGCAGAAGGAAGAGACGGGCCCGGACGGGAACAACCUGCCGCCUCCUGGGCCUGGGCCCUGGCCCCCCAUGCCCUUCCCAGGCCUGGGCGCCCCAGACCCGGCACACCUGGGGCUCCCCGAGAGCCUGGCCUCGGUCACCGUGCCCAUCCGCCUGGACGCCCUGUCCUACCUCCUGCACAGCGCCUUGCUGGGGGCCCGCAACCUCCAGCAGUCCCUGCCCUCCUGCACCUGCCACCCCCAGGCUCCCGACCCCCGGCCCCAGGCCGAAGCCAGGAGGCUGUUCAGGGGGGGUGGGGACUGGGACGUCCCUCCCAGGCCAGGCUGGGGCCGGGGCCGGGGCCGGGACCGGGGGCGGAGGGCACGGGGCCUUGGGAGGUCUGAGCAGCCCAAGCCGGCCUGGGCAGGGGACUCCGGGGCUGGCCCCGGGACCCCUCCCAGGAUGCCGUCAUCACCCCCAGCACUGCCUGCCCAGGAGGGGAAGAAGGAAGCAGGGCAUCCGGAGCCACCCCUGGCCACGCCACCUGCUACCGAGGACUGGGACAUUGAGUACUAGGAUCCGGACGGCAUCUGGGCAUCCGGGGCCCACUCAGGGUCGCCAAGAAGGUCCUGGAGCCCAAGGGGGACCUCAGUCCCUUCAGAGAUACCCCGUCCUCGCUCCCCCUCCCCCAAAAUCAGGGCCUCAGCAGCAGGCCUGGGGGCCCCCUGCUGAAACCUGACCCUGACUUAGCACCCCAAACCUUGCACCCCAU